AUGCUUGCAGUAAACGACAUUGAAGAACUCAAGAUAAUCUAUGAACUAGGAAAAGUUUUUAAAAAUUAUAUGCCGACAGAUAUUUCUUUUACUCUUCUCUCAGAAAUAGAUAUAAAUAAUGAUAUGUGUACAUCUCUUCUUAUUGAAAAGUGUUGCGAAAGAAGAUCGGAUAAAGUAAAAUUCGCAAUUGGAAUGGUUGUUAGUUUUGGAGAUAAUUAUGAAAGUAAAGCUGGUUACGUCGGUGUCAUAAUUGGAUGGCAUAACAAAUAUCAAACUGAAUGGUUUUCUUUUCCUCCGUAUCAAUUAGAGUUCGAAUGUGACAUUGGGAACCACGUAGAACCGUAUUAUAUCAUUUUGAUAGAUAAUGACAUCAUGUGUUACGUACCACAAAGAUUUAUAACAUCGAUAUGCAAGUCACGGUGGAUAUAUAAUACAGAAAUAGGGCGAUAUUUCUGUAAAAUGACGGAUACACAUUAUAUCCCUAAUCAAAUGCUAGCAAAACAUUACCCAAAAGAUGCUGCGGAUUUUACUAUAUUACAUUUCGCGGAAUCAUUGAAGACACAACAGUACAUGCGCGACUGA